AUGAACAAUGGAGUUGGUUACGAGUCCCUCAAGCAGGCCAUCGACAGCCUGCCUACGAAGCGGCCUACUAGAAAACAACUCGGGACACGCGAACCUUUUGCGUUAAGCCUGGCCGGUGACCGACAUUCUGUAGUAACAUCGCCGGCUGACAUUCGCCCUUUUUUCGCCGAUAUCAACGCUCUGAGCCUGGAUGGCUUCCUCAACCAGGGAUUGAUUGGCUUCGGCUGUGGGGAAGACCGACUUCAUACCCUCUGGCAGCGCAACCAGCCCGGCCCAAUCAACCGCAAGGGUAAGAGCCUUAUUGACUUGACGGAAGAUCUCUUCAAACAACAUCUCCUCCCUGGACCGACAUUUGACACUUUGUUGAGCCGAUACCGUGGCGCCAUCCAGGAGCUACUGUCCUGGAGUCAAUUAGAGGCCACAUAUCCCACAAUGACUGCUGCGGACUUCACCGAUGAGUUCUGGCAGCUCAUUUACCGAUCCAAGUUCAUUGACAGCACACAAGUUCGCCGCAUUCUGGCCCAAUACACAAAGGCGUUCAAUGCCUACCUGCGACUACCGCCUCAGGCACGCGCCCGAAUCCACGAAGAUGACCAGGCAGCCAUGAUGGUGAUGAUUUACUGGACUGGCGAUGCCAACGCAUACAAGGCAGCGUCCUGGGUCCUGGCUCACAUUCUAUACGAGCCGACACUACGAGAACUGAUCCAGGAGGAGACAGUCCCAGCAGUGGGCCCGAAUGGCAAGGUGGACAUGGCCUAUCUGCUGCUUCGGCGAGUCGUCCAAGAUACGGAGCUAGGCGGAAAGCAGUUUCGCAAAGGAAGUUUUGCAAUUAUUCCCUCUUGUCAGUUACACGACAGUCUAGAGAUGUACGGGCAUGAUUCGUUGUUGUUCAACCCCGAACGCUUUCUGAAGCGACCGGAGCUGACGCAAGACCCGGCUUACUUCCCUUACGGCGGUGGAGUCUACUAUUGUCCGGGUCGUCAUUUUGCAACUUUGGAGAUCUUCGCCUUUGUGGCGGUGAUGCUGAACCGAUUCGAUGUCAAUUUGGCGUGGCCGAAGCAGGAAUUUCCACGUAAGGACGAUAGUGUGCUUACCUUUGGGAUCUCAAGGCCAUUGCCAGGAGAUGAUCUGUAUGUUGUCCUCAAAAAGACUGAAGAUGUAGAUGUCUAG